CGGAGAUAACGGCCAAAGGAUAAGAAGGAGCGCGAUCAGCGACUCCACCACAAGUACUAGUUUCAAUAACGUCGAAGUAUUGUACAGAAGAUGAAACCUUCUAGAUACUCCACCUCUAGGCAAAAGGCCUGUCAGCAGUGUGCUAGUGCGAAAGCUCGUUGUGACCGCAGGUCUGGAGGCAGGGAGCCAUGCUCGAGAUGCAUGCAUCGUGGCAUCUCAUGCUCGUAUGUUCAAGAUGAUGCUUCUGAGCGGAAUCCAACAAGCCCGGUAGCACCACCCAGUCCAUUCUCGGUGUCGGAUUCCUCACUUAGAGGUUUGGGAAGUGAUGUCUUAGACUUUUCAUCUCUUGACCUGGUGUGCCCUAUCAAUGCCGAUGAUAUUCAGAAUCGUUGGAUCCAGGCAUAUAUUCCGAUGCCUGGACAAGCAGUCAAAAACUACCCUGAUGGUGUUAGAUCAUAUAUAUACUUGACUCUCAGGUCGUACUCUGCGAUGGCUGUCAGUGGCCGGGGGAGCCUGCCCUUCAUUCAUCCCAAGCAGAUGAUCGCGCAGCCAGCCGGUUCACCCCUCACUACCUGCCUGAGCUUAGUACGAAUAUGCUCGAACCAGCUUCCCGGCAGUAGUCAGGCAGCAGUUAGUGUCCUACGUCGAGAAUUACAAACUCUGGAUCAUGAUCGGGUGAAAUACACCAGUGAUGGUCUGUUUGCCGCGUUCCAGUCUUACCUGAUAUACUCCAUGGUUCUGUUCUUCGUACUCGGACAAUCAUGCGAUGAUGACUUUCGCGCUAUAAUGACGAGCCUGCAAGAGCUAGCCUGCGCUUCAUCUCGGCAAGGGUUAAUAUGUGCGGCUGAUCAACGACGAGCGCGACCGAAGUGGGAAGAAUGGAUUAUAACGGAGGCCAAGCGUCGGACACUUUACGUUAUGUAUUUGUUCGAUAGUAUCCUCUCUAGCCAGGAGGGUCUUCCUACCUUCCUUGGCACUGAGCUACGGGGUCUGCCUGCUCCGGCCAAUAAGCUACUGUGGCAGGCAGAAACGCGGUAUGAGUGGGAGAGGGAAUAUAACGUACAUAUGGCGGACUGGAUGGAAGGAUGUCUAACCAUUGACGAGUUAUGGCCCACGCCUGAUGAUUUAGGGGAGGUUGGGGUUGCAAGGAGGCGUGCAAGGGUGGAUCAGUGGCUGCAGAACCUUGAUGAAUAUGGAACAAUGCUUUUCGCCAUUAUGAGAUGUACUCACGGCGACUGA